AUGAUUGCUGUUACAAGGGGACGAGAGCAGGCCGAGUCCACAUCAAUGCAGCUGCAUACGUUGAUCACUGAGCUGCUGCCCUUUACCGAACUUCCCUUAGCCAAACGGCUUGCACUCGGCCUUGUGCCCGUCCCCUUGCAAUGUAAAUCGUCUCUUAGGCCUGCCAGAGGCAGAGACUUGUUACGACUCACGUCAUUACUAGCGACAUCUGGACACAGAGUCUCUUUGGAGCUGGCGGAGCAGCAGCCGUGUGAGUACCAAGAGGCUGACCCUUUCUGGGACUAUGAGGAUCGCAAUGAAAAAGAAAGGCAGAAAGAGAAAGUAAGGAGAAACAAAGAAGGGACCCAGGAAGCGAGCCCCGAGAGGCCGUCCACGCUCCGUGUAGAGACGCCCGCCGCACCUCCAGCUUUCGCAGACGUGCCGGCCGCCGGCCUGCCCUCGGGUGCCAGCACCCCCUCGUUUGGCGCCAGCGGUGGUUCUCGCCGCGAUUCUCAGUGGACCGAUAAAGGAUACUUUGAGUAA